CAAUUUCUGCUCCCGUAACUCCUACUAAUAGUGUUACACCAGGCUUUCCCUCGCAUCCCCCUAGAAGAAAAGGUAAUCAAAAUAAUAAUAAUAACUCAAAUGAUGGAAAAACUAAUGGCUCAAAGAGUAAGUACUUUUCGAUUGAUCAAAUCUUUACCCAGAUGAGUAAAAAAGGAAUAGAUAUUAAUCCUUCAGCUGAUAACUACGUGUGCAAAUACUUUUUGAAAGGAAACUGCAAAUAUGGACACAGGUGUGCUCUUUCUCAUAAUUUACCUAAUGGUAAUUCAAAAAUCAAUGGCAGGAGCGGCAAGAAUGGUAGUAACGCGAACGGAUCGAGGAAUGGUAUUUCAAACAAUAGUAUUCCGGAAAUUAGAUCUCCAGUUAUGCACCCUCAAUAUAGUCAGGAUGAUUAUCAACCUUUGAAUUCGCCUGGCAUUCCUUUUACUCGUAUUCCUAUUAGUCCUUCUGAAUAUCAAAAUAAUAAAACUUUCAGUCAAUUGACCGCCUCUUUAAGCCUGAACGAACAACAUCACUUUUCUGAUGAAACUCAUGCUACGCAUAGAUUACGCAAUAAUUAUAGUAAUGAUCAUUUAUCUGCUCCUGUAAACAUCAAUGGUCAACAACGCAGGUCUUUGCCAGAUAUCUUUCAUUUGAAUCCCGUUAAUGCGGCUGACUCUUUCGGAACUUCUCCAUUUCAACCAGCUGGAUCAAAAUCUAUUUUCUUACCCGUUUCUUAUGUUAGUGAUAGUGGUCUGCUUUCUCCAACAAUUAACCCUCAUCAGCAACUUCAUAGUAUUCCCGAAAUCCAUGAUUACUCUCAUCAUAAUGAACCUAUUGGCGAAGAACUAUGUGGUUACGACUUUGAAGAAUAUAUCCCGUCUUCUUUAAAUGAACUAUUGACACCAACUGAACGCGAAAGACGUAAAAGUAAACAAGAAGAAGCUUCUGAAUCAAGUGCAAGGCGAUUAUUCCCCGGUUCUUCAACUUUACAUCCGCAUAUUGACGGUCCAAGUCUCUAUAAUUCUCAUGGUGAUCCUUCUCAUGUUCAUUUCGCUGCAAGAUCCCUUCCUUAUGGUGUCAGCAUGGGUUUGGCUUCCAAUUAUAUGAGUCAAAAUGACGGUCAACAGUUAGGCCCUGGUUAUAAUGGUCAACAUCUUUUCAACCUUAAUAAUUCCGGUCAAGGCAUGAGAAACCCUAUAUCCAUCAACACAAAUUUUGAAGAUUGGAAUGAGUCAAUUUCAGUCCGUUCCCCUUUGAGUCCUGCGAAUUCUAUGCACAAUCAGUUCCUUUCUCCCACAUAUGAGCGUCAAUGUACCCCUGCAAUAAAUAUACCCCAUCCUCACGAAAUUCAUUCAUCUGAUCAAAGCUCAAUGUAUCAUCAUCGUGUUCCUGUUGGUAUAAUAGGCAGUAGACCGAGCGUUCAUGAUCAGGCGGCAUCUUCACCUCCAGACCCAUUCAGUCCUUUUCCUAUUGAUGAAGACAUUGAUUUAUUUAGUAUGGAUAAUGACAAAAAUGAACAACCACAAGAAAUGUCUUCCUCAAAAGUACCCGAAACAUUAAAAACUCCCCUUUCUUAUUCUGAAGCCACCAAAGUAAAUUUGAAGGAUUCGGGGGCUACUUCUGGUCUCAGUAUCGACUCGAGGCGUUAUGAGCCGCUGUGCCCUUUCGGGAUGGCUGGAAACUGCCGUUAUGGUGAACGAUGCCAAUCUCUUCAUGGUUUACAAUGUCCUUCAUGCCUCAAACUUGUCUUACAUCCUCAUCUUACUCCUGAAGAACAUCAAGUCCAUAUUAACGAAUGUUUUAACAAACAAGUUCAAGUUACUGAUGGAGUUAGACCGGAGGACAUUGAAUGCGGAAUUUGCUUCGAAAAAGUAUUGCUUAAAGAUGAUGCUCGCUUCGGACUAUUGAGAGAGAUUAACAUUCGUACAAUCCGUAAUGGUGAAGAAGUCAAAGUCUUGGAUAAUGUCCGAUUAUGGGAUUUCAUGGAAAAUUUUGCAGACAAACGCAAUUCAUCUGUUGUUGGUGUUACCGCCACUAUUA